AGGAGAAGGUCGCGCCUGGAGGAAGUGGCGGCUUUAAGUCUCGUGGCCGCAGCGCCGUUGCUACUUCUCUGAAGCUCCACUCGGCCGCUUGCCGAGACACCCCGCCGCCAAGAUGCCUCGAAUUAUGAUUAAGGGGGGCGUCUGGAGGAAUACUGAGGAUGAAAUUCUGAAAGCAGCGGUAAUGAAAUAUGGGAAAAACCAAUGGUCUAGGAUUGCCUCACUUCUGCAUAGAAAAUCAGCAAAGCAGUGCAAAGCCAGAUGGUAUGAGUGGCUGGAUCCAAGCAUUAAGAAAACAGAAUGGUCCAGAGAAGAAGAGGAAAAACUCUUGCACUUGGCCAAGUUGAUGCCAACUCAGUGGAGGACUAUCGCUCCAAUCAUUGGAAGAACAGCUGCCCAGUGCUUGGAACACUAUGAAUUUCUUCUGGAUAAAGCGGCCCAAAGAGACAAUGAAGAGGAAACAACAGAUGAUCCACGAAAACUUAAACCUGGAGAAAUAGAUCCAAAUCCUGAAACAAAACCAGCACGGCCUGAUCCAAUUGAUAUGGACGAGGAUGAACUUGAGAUGCUUUCUGAAGCUAGAGCCCGCCUGGCUAAUACUCAGGGAAAGAAGGCCAAGAGGAAAGCGAGAGAGAAACAGUUGGAAGAAGCAAGGCGUCUUGCUGCCCUCCAGAAGAGAAGAGAACUUCGAGCAGCUGGCAUAGAAAUUCAGAAGAAGAGAAAAAAGAAAAGAGGAGUUGAUUAUAAUGCUGAAAUCCCAUUUGAAAAAAAGCCUGCUCUUGGUUUCUAUGAUACUUCUGAGGAAAACUACCAGGCUCUUGAUGCAGAUUUCAGGAAGUUAAGACAACAAGAUCUUGAUGGCGAGCUAAGAUCUGAAAAAGAAGGAAGAGACAGAAAAAAAGAUAAGCAGCAUUUGAAAAGGAAAAAAGAAUCUGAUUUACCAUCAGCUAUUCUUCAAACAAGUGGAGUUUCUGAAUUUACUAAAAAGAGAAGCAAACUAGUACUCCCUGCCCCUCAGAUUUCAGAUGCAGAACUCCAGGAAGUUGUGAAAGUAGGCCAAGCAAGUGAAAUUGCACGUCAAACAGCUGAGGAAUCUGGCAUUACAAACUCUGCUUCCAGUACCCUUUUGUCUGAGUACAAUGUCACCAACAACAGCAUUGCCCUUAGAACACCACGAACGCCAGCUUCACAGGACAGAAUUCUGCAGGAAGCCCAGAACCUCAUGGCCCUGACCAAUGUGGAUACCCCAUUAAAAGGUGGACUUAACACACCUUUGCACGAGAGUGAUUUCUCAGGUGUGACUCCACAGCGACAGGUUGUACAGACUCCAAACACAGUUCUUUCUACCCCAUUCAGGACUCCCUCUCAUGGAUCUGAAGGGCUGACUCCCCGGAGUGGAACAACUCCCAAACCAGUUGUUAACUCCACCCCGGGUAGAACUCCUCUUCGAGACAAGUUAAACAUUAAUCCUGAGGAUGGAAUGGCAGAUUACAGUGAUCCCUCUUAUGUGAAGCAGAUGGAAAGAGAGUCUCGUGAACACCUCCGUUUAGGGUUGAUGGGUCUUCCUGCCCCUAAGAAUGACUUUGAAAUUGUUCUACCAGAAAAUGCUGAGAAGGAGUUGGAAGACCGUGAAAUAGAUGAUACAUACAUUGAAGAUGCUGCUGAUGUGGAUGCACGAAAGCAGGCCAUACGAGAUGCAGAGCGUGUAAAGGAAAUGAAGAGAAUGCACAAAGCUGUCCAAAAAGAUCUUCCAAGACCAUCAGAAGUUAAUGAAACUAUUCUAAGACCCUUAAAUGUAGAACCACCGUUAACAGAUUUACAGAAAAGUGAAGAACUAAUAAAAAAAGAAAUGAUCACAAUGCUUCAUUAUGACCUUCUACAUCACCCUUAUGAACCAUCUGGAAAUAAAAAAGGAAAAACUGUAGGAUUUGCUACCAAUAAUUCAGAGCACAUUGCCUAUCUGGAACAUAACCCUUAUGAAAAGUUUGCUAAAGAAGAGCUGAAGAAGGCCCAAGAUGUUCUGGCACAGGAGAUGGAAGUGGUAAAACAAGGUAUGAGCCAUGGAGAACUCUCAAGUGAAGCUUAUAACCAGGUGUGGGAGGAAUGCUACAGUCAAGUUUUGUAUCUCCCUGGGCAGAGCCGCUAUACACGGGCCAACCUAGCAAGCAAAAAGGACAGAAUUGAGUCACUUGAGAAGAGGCUUGAGAUAAACAGGGGUCACAUGACAACAGAAGCCAAGAGAGCUGCAAAGAUGGAAAAGAAGAUGAAGAUUUUGCUCGGGGGUUACCAAUCUCGUGCUAUGGGGCUCAUGAAGCAGUUGAACGACUUAUGGGACCAGAUUGAGCAGGCCUACUUAGAGUUACGCACCUUCGAAGAACUUAAGAAGCAUGAGGACUCUGCAAUUCCCAGGAGGCUAGAGUGUCUAAAAGAAGAUGUUCAGCGACAACAGGAAAGAGAGAAGGAACUUCAGCAAAGAUAUGCUGAUUUGCUGAUGGAGAAAGAAUCUUUAAAUUCUAAAAUAUGAAGCACAGUGUAUAUUCUGUCACAAGAUAAUUAAUUUCUGGUUUUCAUACUCUGGAAGGCUGAAACUGAUGUUUAUCUUCAUUGACAAAUUUGCCCAUAAUCUGUGGUUUUUUGGUUGUUUAUUUUAAACGAUAUCGAUCUAACACAUUCUAUGUAUAAAGACUUUAACUCCACAAGACAUUUUAGGGUUUAAAUUAUUAUGACAAUCAUUCUUUUAGCAGUGUCAUAUUUGCAGAUUUUUUUAAAGUUUCGGCCUUUAUCUUAAAAGCUUGAUUUUAAAGUGCUGCCUGUGAGUAUACUCUUGAAUAAAAACAAAAUAAAAAAAUUGAGGAUGUA